CAGGCAUGUCCAAGUCCGGCGUGGUGAAAAAUUGGAAUGAGGACAAGGGCUUUGGCUUCAUAGGUCCGGAUGACGGCAGCGAGGAUCUCUUCUGCCACACCUCCGCUUUGCGCGGAUGCAAGGGACUGGGUAAGGGAGAUAAGGUGAGUUUCGAUGCUGAGUAUGAUGACCGCAAGGGCAAGAUGCGGGCUGUGAACGUGUCUGUGGGUGGCGGCGGUGGCGGUGGCGGUGGUGGUGGAGGCUACGACCGCCGUGACGACCGCCGUGAUGACCGCCGUGACGAUCGUCGCCGAGACGAUCGCCGCGACGACCGUCGCGAUGACCGCCGCGACUAUGACCGCCGGGACGACCGCAGGGAUGACCGCCGGGAUGACCGUGGUGGCAAGGGCAAAGGCGGCAAGGGAGAUCGCUUUGGCGGGGACACCCGAGGUGACGACAUCAGCAACGGUGGCAACAAGCACCUGACAGCUCGCGAGAUUUUCAUGAGGCACGAGCAAGAGAGGAGGGGUUCCCGGCGUCGCUCUUCCUCCUCGAAUUCCCGCUCCCCUCCACCCAGGGCCCGACGGGACAACUUUGCCUGAGAGGAGAGAGAUGGGGUGGCUGCUCCAUCAGUUAUCUCAAUGUAUCAAUGUAGCUCAAUGUACAGGUUCUGCCUUCAAUACCUGUGCCCCAAUGUGAGGACCUUUCCAUGUCAACAUGGCCGGAACAACAGAGGCUUCAUUGGUUUUGGCUGGGGCUGCUCCCAGUUGAACCAUGCUGCUUUCAGGCCAGUUGACUGGAACGCCUUUGGCGAAUAUUUGUCAAUCAGCCGAGAUCGAUGGAAGGCUAUGCGGAUGAGCAAAGAUCAGCAAACAUCCCACAAUCCCUACAUCGGAAAAGCAGCGAGGGUAUCAGUUUCCUUUAUUUCCUUCACGCUGGAAACAAUGCCAAUCUGGG